GGCCGGUCGCAGCCGUUGAUACACCACAGUCGUGCGCCGGCAGCCGACAAAUUAACAAUUAUUUUUUUUUUUUUUUUUUAUCAACAAAUAGUUUGUUUUUUUAUUUUUAUUAAUUUUUGAUGUUUACCAGUUUGUUUACAUUAUUUAAUUUGUGAAAAAAGGAUUAACAAUUAUUGGAAUAUACAUAAGAUUCAAUGAUAAAUGUGAAUAAUGUACAAUCUAAAUGUAAAUAUAAAUCCUAGCCAAACGGCUGCCGCGAAUCUUCUCGGCGUCGCGGCGGCUGAGGUCACACCGAGGACACCAGAAAUUGUUAAUUCAUUAAUUGCAAUGACAAAUCCAUUUGAUGGUUUUAAUCAAGAACGUAAUAAGGGUAGAAGAGAUUCAACAAGUUCAAGUGGUGAUACAAGUCCACCAAGUGUACAACAUACUUGUAGUCAACUUAUCAAAGAAGGAUUAAAACUUACACUGCAAACUAAAAGACGAGCUAGUGAACGUAUUGAUGAUGUCAAUAAAAAAAUACGAAAAGAAGACAGUGGUGAUGAUGAAGAUGAUGAAGAUUCAAGCAAUAAUAAUGCCGGGUUAACACCUGAGGAUGAGGAAAGACGAAGAAGACGUAGAGAACGUAAUAAAAUAGCAGCAACAAAAUGUAGAUUGAAAAAACGUGAAAAAACAGUUAUACUUGUACAAGAAUCAGAAACACUUGAAUCACAAAAUCAUGAUUUAAAAAAUCAAAUACAAGAAUUAGAAACACAAAGACGUAGGCUUGUUGAUAUGUUAAGUUUACAUACACCAACGUGUAUCAAACAAAAUAUUAAUAAUAGUGAUAAUAAUUAUCAACAAUUUAAUAAUAAUAAUAACAAUAAUAAUAAUAUAAAUAACAAUAAUAAUAAUAGUAAUAAUGAUCAUGAUCCAUUAUUAUUACCAAGUUAUCAAGAUAAUUUUGUACAACCAUCACUUAAUCAACCCCAGAAUUGUGUCACGGAUUAUACAGUCAAGGUUGAAAAUUACGAUACAACUGGACAAGAUUUCUACAGACAAGAAAGUCCAUUUGUUGUCCCCACCUCAGACUCAGGAUGCACAGUAUAGUUUUAUUUUUUAUUAUUUUAUUUUAUUUUUUUUUUUUAUUAUAAAUCACCUUGAUCUCUACAUGGUCUCGAAAAACGAGUCCUGAAGAGUAGGUUUUCUUUUUUUUUUUCCUUUUUUUAAUUAUUAUUGUUAUAAUGUUUUUUUUUUAUUUUGUUACUCAAAAAAAAAAAAACAAAAAAAUCUGACAAAAAAAAAGAAAAGACUAUGCAUUCCAUGGACGAAUAAUUUCGAUAGAUUUUAAAUGUUGGCGACUUUUUUUUUGGAUAUUUAAAAAAAUAAUUUAUAGAUUAAAAAAAAAAAACUAACGUCCACAAUUUUUAUUCUGAGUAUUAAAAAUCGUUUAUCAUUUUGCUCUCUUUUUUUUUUUUUUUUAAAUUUCAUUAUGUAUUAUUUUUUCUUUGUAACUUCUUUUUUAUUUAUUUAUUUAUUAUUAUUUUUUUUUGAAGACACCUUGAGACAUUCCUUUGAUACCGUGGCAGCGAUUGUAUAGUUGACAAAAAAAUGAAUAAAAAAAAAAAACGUCUUCGUCGUAUCAAAAUCUUAAAUUUUAAGCCAAAAAAAAUUAAAAAUAUAAAAAUAAAAACAAUACAGAGAAAAAAGAAGUUUUUUUUGUUUACAAAAAAAGAGAGUUGAGUUGUGUAACGAGUAACGAGUUAAAGUGCAGGACACAUUGCUCGAUCUGAGCAAAUAAAAAAAAGAAAACCAAUCAAAAUGAAAAAAAAAAAAAAUCAUAUA